AGUCCAACAGCAAGACGAGCGGUGCAGUUUUUUGUGUGUGUGGAUCAGGAGCGGCUAAAUUUCUUUCCUUUCCAAUGUGCAAGUAGCAAAAGUUCUGUGUCAAUGCCAAAAAUUACUAGAACGGAUUCCAAACAGAAAUUGUUCAAACAAUCAAGAUUAGGCAAGUGUCUGUCGUCCAGGAAAGGAUCUCGAACGGGCAAUUCGGGCAACAACAAGGAACUCAAAGUGCUCACCCUGCUGCAGUCUGUGCCGUGAAUCAGGAGCCGUCUACCCCUCAAUCUCUACGCAUUUGAAGGCGCACAUUUGGCAGGAAUCUUCGAAA